UAAAUCUAAAGACUCUAAUUAAAUAAUAAUAACAAUCAAUAUUUAAAUAACAUCAAAAGAAUUUCAAAUAAUAUGAGCUAACUGAGGAAUAGUUUUCAUGAAGGUCUAGCAGGCAGAAGAAAUUUUGUUAAAAGUUAUGAUAGCAUAGAUAAUUAUUAUGCUCUAGAUAGUGAAGAAGAUAAAAGUAGUGAUGGUUAUGAGUAUGAAUCUUCGUCUAAAAAGAUUAUUAAAAAAAAAUUAGUUUUUAGUGAAUGUUUGGCCAAUAGUCCUGAUACACCAGAUUUUGAUAACUAAUAUUAGUUUUAAGAUGUGCUGUAACAAGGAAAAGAAUAUUCUAGUUAGCAGAAUAGCAUUUAAUUGUAAUAAUUAAAAUUUAUGCCACAUAGUAUUUUAAUAAAGAGCCCAGAAAGAAGAAAUUCGUAAAAAAAAGUUGAUUUCUGUUUAAAAUCUAAAGAAAACUCUAUUCAUCCUUUCUAAAAAAAGUAAAAUGAGUUUUUUAGCUCAGACAAGCAGUUGAAGAUUAUGAAAUAAAAAAUAAAAAACAAUGAAUAAAAUUUUUAACAUGAAACAAACUAGCUUAAUGUUGGCAAUGAGUUAGUCAAUAUGUAAACAAAACCUGAAUAAUAUUAGCAAAAUAUCCAAGAAAAUCCUACUGAUAAAUCUACUAAUUCUAAUAAACAAAAUAAUUAAGAAUUGAAUCAAUUAAAUACUGAAGAUAAUUAAAUACACUCUUAACAUAUUGAAACUCAAAUAAAAUAAAAAUUAAACCUUUUUUACGAGUAGUACUGUUAAAAAAUUGAUUAAAUUAAGUUAAAGCUCUUUAAGAAAGAUACUUCAAUCAAAGGAAUGUGCUCUCGUGAGUUCUUAAAAUAUGCAUCUAUGCAUGAAAGAAGUGAUUAAAUGACACAGCAAGUUAAUUCUGUGUCAUAAAACUGA